CGUGCUGCGGGCCUCGUUUCUGCUCGGUCCGACUCGGCAGUACGGAAAUUUGCGGAUUCUUUUUUUUUUUCUUGAGCGGGCGGAGGGAAAGUGCACACGUGGAAACCUGAGAUUGACGCGUGUUUCGGCCAUCGGAAUAUCGUGAAUGUGACGUCGCUGAGCCUUGCCAACCAAUCACAGCGCUCGAGAGGGAAAAUGGGGAAAAAAGAUGUUGUGAAACGGUUCAGAGGCGACGAGGAUUUUGAGGAAAAAGUAAGGGUCUACUUCGAUGAGGAAGUUUGGUCAAAUGAUGGAAAAUUCAAAAAGUGCUCAUUUUUAUUUUAACUAACUUUUUCUUUUUGAAAUAUUAGGAGACACAACUACUUUGGGAGUUGCAUCAUGGGGAGCUUCAAGGGCCACGCGCUUCCUGGGACCUUUUUCCUAAUUGGCGGCCUCUGGUGGACGGCAAAGUACUCACUGUGGCACGCCACCCGCCGGAACAAGAACAUCGGUUCCACCCGGCUGAGCAGCCGAGCGGCGCAACGUCGCCUGGAGGUCAUAGAAAGCUCGCUGGUUCUCUUCUUCUCGUUAGCAGGGAUGAUAGCGGAGCAGUUCUUGGCCGACGGACCGAGACUCAGGCUGUACGACUCUGCGGAGAAGCAAUGGAAAGACCUGAUGAACUGGCAACACGCCACCAUGUAUCUCUUCUUCGGCCUGGCAGGAUGCGUGUCCCUGAUUGUCCACACCACCGAGGCCGCGCCCCUCGCCCUCGACAGGAUGAUGAUGGCAAUCGCCUUCUUUAAUGAAGGGUUCCUCUUCCUUUAUCACCUCCAUGGCCGGUCCAUGCUGGACGUGCAUUUGCACAUGUUGCUGCUCUACGCUGUUUUCGGCGGGGCGGUGGUGGCCUUCCUGGAGCUUUUUCACCGAGGCAACAUCCUUCUGGAGCUGCUGCGCUGCGCCCUGACGCUGUUGCAGGGUAGCUGGUUCUGGCAGAUCGGUUACGUGCUGUACCCUCCCAGUGGGGCCCAGUGGGACCCCAAGGACCACAACAACAUGAUGUUCAUCACCAUGUGCUACUCGUGGCACCUCGCCUUCGCCAUGCUGGGCGUAGGCACGCUCUACUGCCUGGUCAGCUGUGCCGUUCGCACCCGACUGAAGAAAACCCCCCCAGUGGAAAUGGGCCUGUUGAAGCGCAGCAACAAAGACCCUGAAUCUGAGGACGAGGCGGUGUGACGCCGACCACCGCCACCGUGGUCGUUUAAAAUCAGGGACAAUAUGUUUGAGGUGUGAGGAGAAUCAUCCAUCACUGCCUUCAUGUGUUAUUCGAACAGCCUUAAGUAGCUUGUAUUUUCGGGGCCCAUGAUAUCAACGGUAGCUAGCUAUUCUGCUAUUGCUAUACUAGCCAGUAUGAGCAGGGUGGGGCCCUGUUUUGCCAAACUGUUUGUAUUUUAUAACGUUAUUUCAUGUCAUUACACUUGAGUAUUGUUACGUCAUAUUUGGUCGUGAACAAACAAACAAACCACACACUUCUAUUUAUGUUCCUACAAACGUGUUAAGAAAUAAUGACGGUAUCUUUUUAAGAGUGACUUGCACUUUAUCACAUGUUUUUUGCAACACUAAUAAAAAUAUAUUAUGUCUAAA